CCCCCUUGUGAGAAAACAAAGAUCGUUUUUGACAGAGAUCGUUUGACAGUUUUUGUUGAAAUUCGUUUGUUUUCAGUUCGUAGAAACUGGUAAGACUAGCAAGUUUUAUUCCUUAUUAAUGUAUAUUUGAUAUAUUUUAUUGUGUAUCAUAAGCUUGGUUUCCGUAUGGUCGUAUAUAAAACGGUAGUAAAUAUUGAGUCACGAUAUGUCGACAUUUCUCAAUUCUCAUCAGAUGAAAUACAAUAUUUUAGAACUGAAAAUACGCGGAGUGAUUAUAACUAGAGAAUACUUAUGAUUUGUAUGUGGUUUACAGGUAUAAACUAUCAUAAACUGGCCGUUGAGAAAGAUCGUGAUUCUAUUUUUACGACCAUUUGGGAUUUAUACGGAAAGUAUAUAUAAUUUUCUGCUGGCUGAGGAACGAACAGGGUUUAGGCUUUCGCGCAUGCACAAAGCCAAAUGACCUUUAAAAAAAGGCCAAAUUCUACUAAAUAAGGCCAAAUUUCAUUUUUUUGAGAAAAGCCAAAAAAGAGCCAAAUCUUAUCAAUAUUUUCGACGUACAUUGGUCAGGUUAUCUCUACUCUCUAGGGUUAGAGAAGUGCAGUAUGUUGAUAGAUAAAAAAAUUCAAAUUUUAAAGCAAAUUUUGUCAUUUUUCGGGAUGGACCUCUGCGAAGACAUUGCCAAAGGUUCCAACCCUCCCGAUUUGAUCGGGUGGCUCCCGAUUUCUUGGCAAAUCUCCCGAUUUAUAUUUAAACCUCCCGAUUUUAUGAAUGAAAAGAAAAAAUGUUACUUUUUCUAAAAGAAUCCUUGUAAAAGUCGUUUGCGUACGGUAAAAACGGUUAUACGAUCGACAAAAAAGCGGUAUUUCGCCAAGAGGGGUGUUUUGUACGACAAUGUUUCGUAAUAUUUCGCAUGAAAGGCGGAAAUUUACAGUUGUUGUAUUCACGAGUCUCGGAAUCAAGAAAUGGCGCUUCUGAAAGAAAGUUUAAAUUUUCUAAAUUUUCUACCCAGUCACACUAGAGGUCAACAUUUUCUUGCCUUUACCAGACCUCCCGAUUUUUGGAGAUGUCAAGUUGGAACGUCUGCAUUGCUACAAUGUUGUCAUUGGUUAGUUUUUCGGCUUUACGAUUGGCUGAAUUCCUGAGAUCUUAUUGAGUGUCAAUAAAAUUUGGUUAUCCUCUGUCAAUGAUACACAAUUCUUACAUUCUUCCAUGUUGCUUUAUGGUUUACGUUCCUCCAUAAUAAAUUAAACUAAAAAAUAGUGAAAAUUCCUCUCACUUGAUAAAAAAGCCAAAAUAGAGCCAAAAGGCCAAACAUUUUUUCAAGGCCAAACAAGAAAUAAAAAAGCCAAAAUCGAGUUAUUUGGCCGCAAAAAGGCCAAGUUACCAACCCUGGGAACGAACGAAGCAGAAAAUGUUCUCAGUCUCGCACACUGCUGGGGGCCAGCCCGAUUAAUGUAAUCGGGCGGUGUGGGUUGGGGAAGCACGAUUGUGGUUAUGUUUCCAUGUCAUGCAAUCACAAAACCUAAUCCCUAACCCCUCUGCCCUAACCUUAGCCUCCUAACCAGUGCUCCUAACCAAUCGUAUUUCGUGACUUUGGUUGUUGCCAUAUCGUUGCUUGUUGUUCCAUUCCCAACCUCAUUCCCAGGGCCUGGGAACAAGGUUGCUCGACCUCUUUCCGUUCCUAGCAUAGUUAAUUUUUUACUAGUAUUAAACUUACUACUAAAGUGGUUCUUUUCAAACCUGGUAUAAAGAACUUGUUGUGCAUUUUAGAUCGAUUAUUUUUUGUUUGUUUUUUUGUAAUUGUAUGUAGCAUAUUUAGCUUUGUUGGCUUACUUGGCUAAUAGUAAUAAUUGUCAAGCUUGCGGCCGAUGUCCGAUGGCUGCAGCAGCUCCCAGCUGUGUGUGAGAACUAGGCUUUAGCAUACAGUAAAACCCCGCGUAGAUUGAACCUAGAUUGUAAGAACCUGUUAGGCUAUAGUUGCUUUAAUUUAUACCCCCUCGACAACAAUUUUGGAAAGUUUCUCCGGAAAAUUUUUUUUGACAACGCGGGCACAAUCCGAAAAAAUCGGGCAAAUUUCUUUCUGCCCCCCUAAUUUUUUCCUUCCCAUAUGCCCAUGCUUAUAUCUCAUUCACAACACUUCUCUACUCCACAGAUUUGCUCUUUCAAAAUGGCUUUUGCACAAUGGUUAGCCAUCUUAAUCCUUGGUUUGCUUCCUGCACUAUGUUCAGCCACAGUCAAACUAGACGGCCAAGGACAGUCAUUCUCCUCUGUUAUCAAACAGUUUGAGUACAGUACACGUGGCAAUGAACUAACAUUGUUUGAAAAGAAAUCUGUUGAUGAACCUGGAUACGUUACAGAACAGUGGUUUACUGGUGGACCAUUUGACCAGUAUGCAAGAAUACGGAUAUACAUUGAUGGUGAAAGUGAAGCCUCGUUAGAUUUCAACGUCAGUAUGAGCGGUGCUGUUGAUGCGGCUGCCGAGAGAAAGACACCAUGGUCUACUAGAAUGUUUGGUCGUUUGGCUAAUAAUGGUGGCUUUUUUAAUACGUUUAGAAUACCUUUUUCAUUUCAUAUAAGAAUAACUCUGACCAAUACUCAUAGUACCGGCGCACUUUGGUGAGUAAAAUAAUGUACUGACUGUAAAACAACUUAAUAAGCCUUUGGAUGCCAGCACUCUUCCCUUGACGAGUAAAAUUGUCUGGCAUAAGAUAGAGUAAAAUAAUAAUGUUAGGGCAUGUUUGGAUGCAUGGCAGCUUAAUGGCAGAUAGUCUGUUUAACCCAUUGAGCAUCAAUGCUCUCCCCUUGACAAGUAAAAUUGUCUGGCGGUAGACAGAGUAACAAUUAAUAAUAGUAACAAAUUAUUUCAUUUCGCCUUUUUCCUUUCCACGGAUGUUUCCCUUUGGAAUGAUUCCAGCUAUUGACUAAUUUUUCAUCUAGACAAGAAGGACGAAUUCUAUCAUGAUUAUACUAGCUCAAAAGCACAUCCUAAAAUUAGUAAAAUGGCAAAGUUUGGUUGCGAAAUGUUGUAAAAUACGGAAAAUAUAGCCCUGUGGAAUUAGCAAAUUUUGAGUAUUAAAUAUGUAAUACUAAAAUACUCAAAAUUUGCUAAUUCCACAGGACUAUAUUUUCCGUAUUUUACAACAUUUCGCAACCAAACUUUUACUCAUUUUAGGACAGGGUGUUAGCCAGGAUUUCAAAAGUGGCCGUCCAAAAUAAUUUUGUGGGUGUGGCAACAUAUUUUUGUGGGCGUGGUCACAUGUUUUUGGGUGUGGCCGCAAUUUCCUGUUGUUGAGGAAUUGUGGUGUUUUAUUUGUUGAACCACAGUUAAUAGAUCUAGAGGUUGAACCAUUCUACUUUUAGUUUUAGAUGCACAUUUCCGUCAUUAAAUUAGUAAAAGCACUGACGUAUGGUAUGAUCACUACCGUAACUGUAAUGUGGCACUUGAGUGAUAAAGCGAUUGCUGUUUUUUAAAACAGCGGUUUCACAUUAUUCUCCUUGAUACUUCAUGUGAGAAUCAUCAAAAUGGUUACAAAAACAUGGCGCGUUUUACAAAAAUAUGGCGCGAAGUAUUCAAGAAAUAUUACAAAGCUUGUAGGUUGCUAUUUAAAGAAAAUAUUCCCUUAGGCCGUCCAUUAAAAUUUAGCAGUCUAAAUUCAGAAGUGGCCGUCCAUAGGACGGUCGGGCGGCCGCCUGGCUAACACCCUGUUUUAGGAUGCUCUUUUGAGCUAUAAUGAUAUAUUUUGUCCUUCUAGUCUGGAUAACAAAAUAUUCGAAGCUGGAAUCAUCUAUUUCCUGCAUACCAUCAGAUGUUGCCAUUUUCAAAUUGUCAAUUGUACCACAUUAGGAAUGUAUAGUCACAUUGGGCUAUUCCAAUUAUUAUUCGCACCCCCCUGUUGAGGAACCUUGGAAUUUCCAGGGGAGGGCGUGUAUUAACCUUGGAAUUUCCAGGGGAGAGGUGCAUUAACUUUAAAUUUCCAGGGGAGGGAAUUAAUACAUUAACCCUGGAAUUUCCAGGGAAGGGGGCAUUCAGGCUCUGGAUUUCCAAGGGGAUGAGUAAUUCUCACAUGGAAUUUUCAAAGGGAGGGGUAAAUUUGAUGGGAUGGAAAUUCCAUGGGAGGACAUUUGUUAGAGGGAAAUUUCCGGGAGUAAAUGUCCCAUGAUGGAAAUUCCAUAGGGAGGGGUAAUUUGCACAUGGAAAUUCCAUGGACAGGGCCAAAUUUUAAAUGGAAAUUCCAUGGGGAAGGCCUAAUUUAAGAUGGAAAUUCCAUGGGGAAGGGUAAUUUUUACAAGGAAAUUCCAUGGGGAAGGGGUAAAUUUUACAUGAAAAUUUGCGGAAAUUCCAGGGGAAGUACCGACAUGAGAAAGGGGUUCCUCAACAGGGGGGUGCAGAUAAUAAUUGGAAUAGCCAUUCCUGAAUGUUUUGACACAAAAACAUUACACUUCUUUUGAGUGAAAGGAAGGAUCUGUCAUUUUGGUGAUUCCAUUAAUGUUUUUAAUUUUUCCCAAGGUAUAUUGUGCGAGGAUUGCUUGGUGUUAAAUUAGCGGUUGGGUCAUUUGAAUUGCCAAACAAAACAAGACUCCGGGUUUACAAACAGGACAAGGUCAUAGCUCCAUUUGACUUUGUGACCCUUUCGAAUACGAGUAACAAGUCUGGAAUGUUAUUCCUUGUCACAUUUGACAUUCGUAGCGAUACAGCCACAUUUAUGGAGGGAUGCGUGCGUGCAAAGAUCGACAAUUCUGACGAAAUUACAUUUCUCUCCUCUGGCACGGAAGAUUUUUUCCUAUCGGCAUUCUACUUCAAUGAUAAUUCUUAUGAAGGCUUUCAAUCUGGACUAACUUACAAACCUACAAAUACAAAUUAUACUCAAGUUGUUGCAUAUAAAUUUUUUCUGGACGACCCUAUCUUGUUCAAAGACUCGUUUCAAUUGAUCUGGCGAAAUAAUGAGGUGCUUGGUGGUGAAAAAGGAUGUCCUGAUCGAUUUCCAGCAUACUUAAAGGGAGAAGGCAAACCCACCGACACUUUUCCAGGAAAAAAGAGGCAGUGGGCUUCUAUGAACACGGCACCUAAGAAAGCCUAUAUACGGAGUUAUGUUUGGGUGUAUGAGUGGUAGUUUUGUUUCAAUGUUAGAUUGUUUUUAAUAAUGUUGAAUUAAUUAAUUGCACAGAGUAGGUUUGUAUUCAGUAUGAUAACAUUUCGUAGAAUAAUUAUAUCAUUUUUCUCUGCUUAUGUAGUAAACAGGACCCCACUGAAAAACACUUUGGUGAUGUGGGUAUCCUGGAUAAAUAUGAAGAUAAUAAUAAUAAUAAUAAUAAUAAAACCCAGUAGUAUUAUUAAGUAUUAAGUGUUUGUAAACGUUUGGCCAAUCAUUUGCACUUUGAAAACUUGUCAAAUGGAGUAAGAUAGUUAAUGAAAUGGAAAAACACAAGAGACAAAAGGCUCUUUCAUUUUCCAAUUAAAUAAUCAUUGUUCAUUUUAUACAUGUAUUAUCUGUAUUGAAAUAAUAUAACAAUUGGGGUAUUCUCCAAUAUAGUGUGUAAUAAUUAAUAAACUACAUUAUGUAAUAUUUGCCUUAAUAUUUUGCCCACAGUAGGCUACUUGCUAAAAUUGUAUUUUCCCAAUUGGAAAAAUAAUAAUACUGUAAUUACUACCAAUUCAUGUUAAUAGUGGUGGAUUUUGACUCAGUUCUAUAUCUGCAGCCCUGGUGGCAUUCAAUGGAUUCACCUUGCUAUUCUUAAUACCAUAACCAAGAUAGAUAACUAGACCUAAAGAAAAGCACAGGUUAUUAUUAUAUUUAUAUUUAUCCAGGAUACCCACGUCACAGAAGUGUUUUUCAGUGGGGCCUGCAUUAUAAAUUUCAACUUCAAUACAUAUAUAUUACAAAAUAACAUGAAAAUCUACAAUAACAUGUGUUAACAUACUUAUACUAUAUAUAUACAAAACGUUUAUAAAUAACAUUGUGGGAAAUAUGCAGCUUUGGUGAGAAAGUAGGUAGGGGUGCACCGGAACUCGGUUCAGGUGCACCCCUAAUGUGGUGCACUCAGGUAUUAUAAACUCGAACAAUCUGUGCCAGUGGUGGGUAGUGACAAAAAUAACAGAAAAUUGAGAUGAAUAGGGAUUCAACUACCUGAAAAAUAUGAGUAAAACUGACAUUUCAAGCCAAGGCCCUUCGUUGGGAAGUUUCUGACAAAGGGCCUUUGCUCGAAACAUGUCAGUUUUACUAGAAUCAUGUGUUAACCCAUUAAGUAUUUGCAUUGUGCCCCAAUGCACCCUACUUUAUUAUUUUAUUCUGUCUAACACCAGAUGAUUUUACUGUCAAGGAAAAAGUGCAUGCUAGUGCCCAAUGGGUUAAUUUAUAAUAAGACAAUUUUUGACAGUAUUACACAAGUGUGCCUGUCCUUUUUGUCCACAUUUUUUGCUUUUUUCUCUCACUUAAUUGGUUAUAUAUUUAAUAAAUAUGUACAAAUAUAUAUUGAAAGUUAACCAGUCAGCAAAGGAGGACUGAAGUGCCCAUGCAAGGUGCCCUCCCAUUAAAAUAAAACGUGAAUAGUAAUCAACAUCAACCAGCUUGAUUGAUUUGUAACCUGAGUUAAGUAAUGGGUUAACUGGUUAAGCAUGGUGCAUUGUGGCUUGCUGGGGUGAAUAAGACCUAUCCUACCAUUUCAAAUACAUACCAAAUACAGUAUUGAUGACAAACAGUAUCCAUGCCCACAUACUAAACUGAAACAUGACAAACGUACAUGCAGCAAAGCAGACAGUCGGCAGCAUUGGAAACAUUGGGAUUGUAAAUGGAAAUUUUAAUAUUUGAUGCGGGGUUCUGUAUAUAACCACCAUAGAUGCCAACAGUGGGAUGGUGAAAAUAAUACUUAGGGCAACAAAGAGGGGUGUUUCGAGUUUGUAGGAUAUCCCAAAACGAAUAACCAAAGAUAUACCAGCUGAUGAUAGGAAUAGUACUACUAAUGCAAUUAUAAUUGUUGACUUGGCUUUUCUUCCGAAUAAAAUGUUCAUUUGUGAUAACAGUGGAUGACCAUUCAUUAAGUUGUCUGUAGCUGAAGCAAUUUGAUGCGACUCUGUACUGUUAGGUUGUGCUUCAUCAUCACAAUUAAUGUUCACUACAUCGUUAGCACCAUGUUCUUUGUAUCGUAGCAGUAUCACAGUGAUGGCCAAUGUCACAUAUGGUAUUAAUGCUAGUAUGGAACAUACCUCAAUUAAAAUUGUUAAAUCAACAAAUGCUGUUAGUAUAGUCGCUAUGAAGCCAGUGACCAAAACUGCUUGGAUUGGUACUAAUGAUUGCUGGUUAACUUUGUGAAGAAAACUCACUAGCAAGCCGUCUCUUGCCAUGACGUAUGUUAGACGAGAGUUUGCAUAGCAUGCGGUAAGAACAGAACUAAAACAGGAACAAAAUCCACCAAAUGCUAUGACAUAUUUCGACUGUUUGAAUGCGACCAUUGCAAAAGCAUCAGACAAGGGCGACACUGUCGAUAGUUGGUUAUAUGGGAUGAUCAAAGUUAGUACAGUCCCAAUACAGAAAAAGCAAAUGAAUACACCAAUUAACGAGGCCAUUAUAGACCUAGGUAAAAUUUUCUGUGGGUUUAUAACUUCUUCAGUGGAAAAAGUUAUAGAAACAAACCCAGCGUAGAAAAAUAUGGUAAACGGUAGUGACUUUAGGAUACCGUUAACGCCAUAUGGAGCAAAGUUGUCCCAGCCCGACCAGUGGUCAAAAUCGAUGUAUACAAGUCCAGUAACGAAUAUAAACACGAUGACCAAUAAAUUAAUUGCAACAAUACCAUCGUUGAUCCGCACUGAACUUUGGACGCCCAUUGCAGUAAUAAUGGUUACAAGUAUAAUAAGUGCUGCGGCAACAAUGUUCACAUUGGGGGCAAGCAGGGCAUGGUCAGGUAGGGUGGCAUGAGCAUCCAAAUAAUUGAAUGUAGCUGAAUCAGUAAGUGACCUCAGCAAAUCUGCGGCACCUUGCGCCAGCGUAGCAGUGGCAAUCACAGAACCAAUUAAAAUGGACCAUCCGUCCAGAAAGCCGCAGAGCUCCCCUAAAGCCGAGUACACGUAGUCGUAAUCUGACCCAGAUGUUGGCACGUAGGAGCCAAACUCGGCGUAGCAUAAUCCACUUGCAAAGCACAGAAAAAAGCCAAUUAUCAUUGAGAUGACGAUUGAUGGGCCGCAGAGAUCUCUCGCCACAUUUCCUAAUACAAUAUACAACGCCACAUCGACUGAGCCGCCGACCCCGAGUAAAAAUAGGUCCCAGAAAACUAGACAACGACGUAGCGGCGACUCGAAGGUACUUUCGAUCGCUUUUCGACGAGUAAAUGCUGCA